AUGGGCUCGCCGUCGGAGCAUCACGCGACGGCUCACGUGGACGAUACAUCGCCGCCGGAGCAGGUGGUAGACGGCGUGUCGAGUCGGCCGCUGCCACUGCUAAUGGCUGCCGGACUAGUGGCCGGUGCGGCACUGGGAUUUACCAUCCGUUACAUUGAUAGCCCCUGGACCAAGCGACAGAUCGUCUACCUUGGGUUUCCCGGCGAGCUGUUUCUGCGCAUGAUGUCCGGCGUGACGCUACCGCUGAUUAGCACCAGCGUGGUGGCCGCGCUGGGAAGCUGUCGGCCGCCCGUGCUCGGACGCGUGGGCCUGUGCGCGUUGACCCUGUCCUUGGCUUGCAAGUUCCUGGCCACAGCCGGUGCGCUAGGCCUCGUGGCCUUCCUCUCGCCAGGAAACACUGUGCGGCUGGACGUCGUCGAGACACCCAAGCCAAGCUCGAGUCUCUCCAACGUCGCCAUUGACAGGCUGCUGGACUUGAUCAGGCACGAGUGGUUUUAA